AUGUUACGCUAUAUUAUUUUUACAGAUUCAAGGACAAAGGAUUGGCCAAUGAUGUCAUCACCAUUUCCAACAUUAUUAGUAUGCCUCACAUAUGUUUAUAUAGUCAAGGUGCUUGGACCACGAUUAAUGGAAAAUCGUAAACCAUUCCGAUUACAAAACACAUUGGUAGUAUAUAAUGCAAUACAGGUGAUAUUCAGCGCAUGGCUAUUUUAUGAGUGUUUAAUGGGCGGCUGGUGGGGUCAUUACAGUUUUCGUUGUCAGCCUGUGGAUUAUAGUGAUAGUCCCGUCACAAAGAGAGUAAGUCCAAAUAAGAUAUUAAAAUACUUUUCCUAAGUAUUUUAAGGAUUGCCGGCAAAGACAUGCGAUUAAGAAAAGAAAGAAAUUAAAUUAUUAAAACGAUCAACUGUUCUUUCCUAUGGGAAUAUAUGCUGCGCACUCUCGGAACGAAAUUAUUGACUCCAAAAGGGCUCAAAUAAAAUAGAACAUACUACAUACAAUCAUCAUAACGAUAUAGCUUUGCUUCUUCUCAUUUCAAAGUUAAAUACUACAAAAUCUUAAAUUGAAAAUGAAAUUUCAAAUUUUUGUAGUAAAAAUGUUUCUCAUCAUUUGCAAUAAAAAUUAA